ACAUAUGUAUGUAGUGUAGCAGGCUGGUAGUAUUAAGAGUUACCAGAUGUAACGGGUGGGUAGUACUUAUUAAGAGUUACCAUAUGAUUGUGAUUGAAUAAGUUAUCGAUAGGAUACCAUCCUUGAUAUACCGACUUUUGAGAUUGACGAAGAAGAGAACACAUGUGUAAAAGCUAAAAAGUUAAGAAUUAAAAUAAAGAAUACUACAGAAUUAAAAUAAAGACUACUACAAAUUCAGAAGUGGGAUCAAGAACAGAAAAAAUGGAUAUAGUUGGUGAUAAUUAUGCAAUGGCGGUAUUAAAAAAAUGGCUUGGCGAAUUGGGUUUGUCCACAAAAGGCACAAAAGCUGAGUUGCUGGUGCGUCUUAAUGCUGUACCAGCAGCAGAACGUGGAAAUGCACCAAGAGUGGACAAUUUGGAAGAUGAUCAUCUGGUGGCGGAGACAAGACGCGUAAUUCAAUCGCAACAAGCUGAAAUGUUUAAAGGAACAGAAGCGUUGGCAAAUUUGUACAAAGAAAUCGAGGCCGCUAAGAAUGUUCUGGAACAAUUACGCAUGCAUGGACGAAACCAAGAGUUAGAGGGAGACGACGAUACAUCAUGCCAAGACGUAGAAGAUGAUGCUCAAGGAAAUGCAAGUUGUGAAAUUCAGCGAAAUGUGGCAGCUGAAAAAAAUUUCGGUGACUGGGCAUCCAUGGCGUUUUCAUUGGCCAAAGAGAUUUUAAUGGAGUACGAUGGAAAUACACCAGUGCGAAAUUGGAUUGCUCAGUUUGACAAUAUUACACAAUUGCACAAGUUGAACGACAUGCAGCGACAAUUAUUAUGUAUUGCAAAGCUUAAAGGAAAAGCGUUGCAGUGGCUGCAUGCAGAUCCGGUACGUGUGGUGAAGCCUAUAAACCAAGUUUUGGAUCAACUGAAGGAGGCGUUUGGUGGAAAACUUCCGAAAAUUGAGCUACGUCGGAAAUUUGCUGGACGAAUGUGGAUAUCGGACGAAAAUUUCAGCGUAUACUUUGAGGACAAGUGCAUGUUGGCUCGAGAUUUGGAUAUGGACGACGAUGAGUUAUUAGAUGGCAUUAUCGAGGGAAUACCACAUGAAAAUCUACGCAUCCAGGCAAAACUACAGUGCUUUGAUAAUCCGGCGAAGAUGCGGCGAGCAUUUGCAGAUGUUGCCUUACCUAGGCAGAGUGGUUUGCUGAUGAAGUCGGAAGCAGCGAAGGGCAGAGAUAUAAAAGAAAAUUCUCGUUGCUUCAAUUGCAACUCCAAGGGACAUUGGGCACGAGAUUGCAGUAAGCCAAAGAGGAAGCCGGGAUCUUGCUACGGAUGUGGUGACGAAGGGCAUUUAAUGGCGCAGUGCCCGAAGAGGAAGGUGAAGACGGAGGACAGCGGCGUAAACAAUUUUAAUGCCUCAUAGACUCGGGCAGCCCUGUUUCGUUUAUUAAACAAAAAUGUAUUCCAACAAAUAUUAAAUUACACACACAUGAAGUGUUAUAUUUUGGAUUAAAUGAAAGCCAAUUAAAUGUAUUCGGAAAAAUAUUUUGUCACAUUUUCAAGAACAGUAAUAAAAUUAAUUUUGAUUUAAAAGUGGUGCCUAACGAGUCUAUGAGAUGGAAUAUUGUUUUAGGUAGAGAUUUUAUGGAACUUUAUGGUAUAAAAUUAUAUUUAAGUGAACUUGAUGUGAAUGGUAAUGAGCGUACUGAAAGCCUAUUAGAUGGUAAAGACAACAUAAGGCCAAACUUGGAGCAGGAAGGAAUAAAUGAAGUGGAGUUAGUGGAAGCAGCAGAUCAAUUGUUAGAAAAUAGUGAAAUGAAUAUGGAUUGUGAAAAGGUAGAAAACAAAUUGGUUGAUAAAUCGUUAGCAGAAAAUUGUUUGUUAGAUAGGAAAUUGUUAGAGAGUAAAUUGUUAGGUAAUAGAUUGUUAGAUAAUAGAUUGUUAGCUAGUAAAUUGUUAGAUGAAAAGUCAAAGGAAUUAGUUAGAGGAGUGUUAGAAGAAAAUUUUCAAAGUAGCAUGAUGCAAAUUAAUGUAGUGGAUUCUGAAAGAGAAUAUAAGAUUGGGACACAAGUGGAUUAUGCAUUAAGAGCAAAAUUUAUAAAAAUGUUAGAAAGCACUUAUAUAAAUGCAAAGAAGCAAGCAAAUCCCAAUAUUAGGGGCGAGAUGAAAAUUAUUUUAGAAAAAGAAAAACCAUUUAGUUGUUCACCUAGAAGACUAUCAUAUGCGGAAAAAGAAAAACUACAACUUAUGUUAGAUGAAUACCUAAAAGAGGGUAUUAUACAACCCAGUAGUUCAGAAUAUGCCUCAGCAAUUGUUUUAGUAAAGAAAAAAACGGGGGAUCUUAGAAUGUGUGUCGAUUUUAGACGGCUUAAUAAAAUUAUGGUUAGAGAUAAUUAUCCGUUGCCUUUAAUAGACGAUUUGUUAGAUAAACUUGUAGGAAAAAAUAUAUUUACGAAACUUGAUUUAAAAAAUGGGUACUUUCACGUAUUUGUGGAUAAGGACUCGGUUAAAUACACUUCGUUUGUGACGCCAUUGGGCCAAUACGAAUUUUUAAAAAUGCCGAUGGGGCUUAAAACUGCCCCUCAAGUAUUUCAAAGAUUUGUUAAUACUGUAUUUGCGGACAUGAUUAGAGAAAAUGAGGUUAUAGUUUAUAUGGAUGAUAUAAUGGUCGCAAGCAAAGAUAUAGAUGAACAUUUUGCAAUUUUAGAGAAAGUUUUGAUUCGAUUGGCAGAAAAUAAACUAGAAUUAAGGUUAGAUAAAUGUGAGUUUAUGCAGGAUUGUGUUAAAUAUUUGGGUUUUCAUAUAUCUAAAGGUUGUAUUCGAGCCGAUGAUAAGGGUUUAGAAGCUAUUAAGAAUUUUCCUAUGCCUGAUAAAGUUCAAUCAGUGCAGAGUUUUCUAGGAUUAUGUUCUUAUUUUAGAAGGUUUAUUAAAGAUUUUUCUAUUAUUGCAAAACCUCUGUAUGAUUUACUUAGAAAGGAUAGAAAAUUUAAUUUUGGUGAAAAGGAGCUUAAUUGUUUUUUAUGUUUAAAAGAAAAAUUGUUACAAGCGCCAGUUUUGUCAAUUUAUGAUCAUAGAGAUGACAUUGAAUUGCAUUGUGAUGCCAGUGCCUUGGGGUUUGGAGCGGUACUUUUUCAGAAAAAGGCAGAUGAAAAAUUUCAUCCUAUUUUUUAUUUUUCGAAGCGCACAUCAGAAACAGAAGCAAAGUACCAUAGCUUUGAGUUAGAAACUUUAGCGAUAAUCUAUGCUUUAAGAAGAUUCAGAAUAUAUUUACAGGGAAAGCGUUUUAAAAUUAUUACUGAUUGUAACUCAUUAGCUUUGACUUUAAAUAAAAUUGAUUUAAAUCCAAGGAUAGCAAGGUGGGCGUUGGAGUUACAAGAAUUUGAUUAUGAAAUAGUUCAUAGAGUUGGAAGCAGAAUGCAGCACGUCGAUGCUUUGUCGAGAUGUUAUAAUACAAUUAUGAUAACAGAAGCAAAUAGUUUAGAAACAAAUUUAGUAAUUUGUCAGACGAAGGAUAUGAAAAUACAAAAUAUUAGAAAAUUGUUAGAAAAAGGUGAGCUGAAAUUGUUUGAAAUGAGAAAUGGGGUAGUAUAUAGGAAAACGAAUGAUGGCAGGAUAUUAUUUUAUGUACCAGCAGCUAUGGAGGAUCAUGUUAUGUAUAAGUAUCAUGAUGAAUUAGGACAUAUUGGUAGGGAUAAAAUGAUUAGUGCAAUGAUGAAGACAUAUUGGUUUCCGAACAUGAAAGUCAAAUCGUUAGGACAUAUAGAAAAUUGUUUAAAGUGUAUUGCGUUUUCAUCCAAUGCAGGCAAAGAAUGUGGGGUAUUACAUAGCAUACCCAAAGGUAAUAAACCAUUUGAUAUUAUUCAUAUUGACCAUUAUGGACCAGUGGAUAAGAGUAGAUCAAAGAAAUACAUAUUAGCAGUGGUAGAUGGGUGUACGAAAUUUUUACGAUUAUAUGCGACAAAAACAACAAAUAGUAAAGAAGUUGUUAGUGCAUUAAGAGACUAUUUUCGAUCAUAUAGCAAACCGAGUUGCAUAGUGUCAGAUAGAGGUAGUGGUUUUACUUCGGGGGAAUUCGAAAAGUUUUUAAGUGACGCAAAUAUAAAGCACAUUAAAGUGGCCACGGGAUCGCCUCAAGCUAAUGGACAGGUGGAACGGGUUAACAGAAGUUUAGGUCCUAUGUUAAGCAAACUUACUGAGGCGAAAGAGGGGCAGCAUUGGGAUAAGGUUAUCGAACAAAUUGAAUACACAUUGAAUAAUACAAUACACCGAAGUACAAAACAAUAUCCAAGUACAAUGUUGUUUGGGUUACAACAAAAAGGGGAAAUAAGUGAUGACCUAAAACAAAAGCUAGAAGAGGAAAAUUGUGUAGAUGUAAAUUGUGAAAGAGAUUUGGAAAAGAUUAGAAAGGAAGCAGAACAAAAUCAGGUAUUAGCACAGUCAAAAAAUGAGGAAUAUUAUAAUAGUAAAAGAAAAGAUCCAAAUAAAUUCAAGACAGGAGACUAUAUUAUGGUAAAAAAUUUUGAUAGCUCGGCAGGAGUAGCAAGAAAACUGUUACCAAAAAGUAAAGGUCCUUAUGUUAUUGAUAAGAUAUUAAAAAACGAUAGGUAUUUGAUCAAAGACAUUGAUGGCUUUCAGUUAGCUCGAAAUCCUUACCAAGGCGUGUGGAGUGCGCAAAAUAUUAGACAUUGGUUAAGAAAAACAAAUUCAUCUAUUGAUGUACGAGAUAAUGUUAACAGGAGAUAGAGGGCUAUCUCAAAAUCAGGAUGGCCGAGUUGUAGCAGGCUGGUAGUAUUAAGAGUUACCAGAUGUAACGGGUGGGUAGUACUUAUUAAGAGUUACCAUAUGAUUGUGAUUGAAUAAGUUAUCGAUAGGAUACCAUCCUUGAUAUACCGACUUUUGAGAUUGACGAAGAAGAGAACACAUGUGUAAAAGCUAAAAAGUUAAGAAUUAAAAUAAAGAAUACUACAGAAUUAAAAUAAAGACUACUACAGUAGGUUCCAUCAUCA